AUCCGACCUUAGCAGACGGUUUACGAGGCCGUGCUCCAGACGCGUCACCGGCCGACGGAACGCGGGUGUAGUUUCGUCAUUUCAUAUGAAGUAUCGCUGCUAUAAACUUUCGCCAUCCGAGCCUUGGAUGUCCGUGCCUUGUUCUCUACCUGGUUUUCCGUACUUAUCUUCCCAAACUGCCCCUCCCAACCCUACCUAUUUUUCCCCUCCUGCCAUGGCCAGAAGGACCAUGCAUGCCGUCCGUUACGACGGCUAUGGCGGCGGCGCUGCCGCCCUCGAGCAUGUUGAGAUUUCAGUUCCUUUACCAAAGAAAAACGAGGUUUUAUUAAAAGUGGAAGCAGCAAGCAUUAAUCCAGCUGACUGGAAAAUUCAGAAAGGAAUGGUACGGCCAUUUUUGCCACCAAAGUUUCCAUUCACACCAGUAACUGAUGUGGCGGGGGAGAUUAUUGAAAUUGGUUCUGGAGUCAAGAACUUGAAAGUAGGAGACAAAGUUGUGUGCAUGCUUGGUUAUUGGAAUGGAGGUGGACUUGCUGAGUAUGCCGUUGUGCCAGCAAGCCUGACAAUCAAUAGGCCUCCUGCAAUUUCAGCAGCUGAAGCUGCAGGCCUACCUGUAGCUGCUGCCACUGCUCUUUCGGCACUAAAGACCAUAGAGACCGAGUUUGACGGCACCAGCAGAGCUGCUAAUAUCCUGAUCACUGCUGCUUCUGGUGGUGUAGGGCUGUAUGCAGUUCAGCUUGCCAAGCUAGCAAAUCAUCAUGUGACUGCUACAUGCGGAGCGCAGAAUGUAGAACUUGUGAAAAGCUUGGGUGCUGAUGAGGUGUUGGACUACAAAACCCCAGAAGGUGCGAGUUUGAAGAGUCCUUCUGGUCGGAAAUAUGAGUUGGUUGUGCAUUGCGCUGUUGAUAUUAAUUGGUCUACUUUUGAGCCAAAUCUGAGUGCUAAUGGAAAGGUUAUAGAUUUAACUCCCGGCCUCAGGACCAUACUCAGAUCUGCAGUGAAGAAAUUGACCUUUUCCAAGAAGCAGUUGGUGCCACUGGUAGUGCCGGCCGGGAAUAAGGAUCUGAAAUUUUUGGUUGAGCUGGUGAAGGAAGGUAAACUUAAGACAAUAGUGGACUCGAGGCAUCCAUUGAGCAAGGCAGAGGAGGCUUGGGCUAAGAGCAUGGAUGGUCAUGCUACAGGGAAAGUCAUUGUUGAGAUGUGAGCAAAUAGUUAUCAUUCUGCCUCUAUGUUCUAAAACGUGUAGAUAAUACACAAAGUGAUGGCUUGUAUCAUCUUGGUCUUGUUUAUAUAAAGUUGGAAAUUCUGGCUUCCUGUUGUAACUCAUCUACUGCAUAAGGUGAUGAGCCAUGUGCUAUCUGUUUGUUCAGUGAUUAUAUCAAAUUAUUAUGCUGAAUAUAAUUGUUCCUUGUCUUAA